GCCAUGCAUUAUUGUAAAACAUAAAAAUUUUAACAUGCGGUGCUAUUACGAGGAGUUGGGCGUAGCCCGUGACUCCAACGAGGCUGACAUUAAGACAGCUUACCGGAAAUUGGCAUUACGUUGGCAUCCAGAUAAAAAUCCAGACUGCCUGGCCGAAGCAAAGGAACGCUUUCAGCUAAUCCAACAGGCCUACGAGGUUUUAUCCGAUGGGCAGGAACGUGCCUGGUACGAUAACCAUCGCGAGCAAAUUCUGCGGGGCAAGAACUCUGACUACUCCGAGAACUGCUUGGAUGUGUUUCCCUACUUCACCGGAUCUUGCUACAAGGGCUACGGAAAUGAUGCUCAGGGCUUCUAUAGCGUCUACCGCGAUGUUUUUAACAAAAUUGCUGCCGAAGAUAUGGAUUUCAUGGACAGCGACGACGAGGGCAUGAGCGCGCCACAAUUCGGCGAUGCCGACAGCAGUUACGAGGAUGUGGUCGGUCCAUUCUAUGCCUACUGGCUUUCAUAUAGCACCAAAAAGACUUACGAGUGGCUCUGCCCGUACGAUGUGCGUGAGAUCAAGGAGCGUUUCAUAUUGAGGAAAGUAGAGAAGGAAAUGAAGAAGAUUGUACAGAAUGCGAGAAAGGAGAGGAAUGAAGAGAUUCGUAAUUUGGUUUCAUUUGUGCGCAAGCGUGAUCGUCGUGUGCAGGCCAACAGGCGUGUGUUAGAGGAGCGUGCCGAGGCCAAUCGUUUGAAGCAGGAGGAGAAGCGCAGGGAGCAGUUACGCCAGCGUCAAGAGCAGCUGGCAGCAGUGCGUGCCAACAAGGUGGACAACGAUGGUUACGAGGAACAGCUCAGGCAGCUCGAGCAACAAUAUGGCAGCGAGUCAGACGAGUACACCGAUGAGGACGAUGAGGACGAGAAUGAAGAUGAUAUCGAUGCAGAGAACGCAGACUCGGACAAUUUGAGUGAGCAGGAAGUGGAGUAUGUAGAUGAUCUGUAUUGUGUGGCAUGCAACAAGUCAUUUAAGAAUGCCAAAGCACGCGCCAACCACGACGAGAGUAAAAAGCAUCGCGACAAUGUGGAGCGCCUCUGUCAGCAGAUGGAGGCCGAAGAGCAGGAAUUUAAUGAACACAGCGCAGAGCUGGAGGCAGCUGAGGAAAGUCUAGAAGAACUGCAGCUGAAUGGCAAUCACGAAGCGGACUUGGUCAGCGAUGAGGCGGCAAACGACCAAAUGAGCAACAAACGCAACAAGAAAAACAAGAAAUCGAAAAAAGUUGCCACCAAGGCUGCUGUAGAAAGCGAUGAUGAAGACGAAUCCGCGCCAGCUGUCAACUUCAAUGCGGCGCCAAGCAAUAGCGAAGACGAUGACAACGACGAUUGGAGUCGUGGCAAAAAGUCAACUAAAAAGACAAAAAGCAAAAAGUCAACACCAGCAACAAAUGUCAGCAAACAGAAAGUUGAAGCGGCGUCAGCUGAGGCAAAGCCAACAGCCGCUGCGCCGGCCAAGACGGCGCGUGGAGGUGAUGAUACGGUUGAGGCAACUGUUGUGCAACAUACUUGCGUCACAUGCAAACUGUCGUUCGACUCCAAGAACAAACUGUUUGCCCAUCUCAAGAAGACCAAUCACGGCGUCUACAUACCCAAGGCCAAGCCGGAUGUCGAGGGCAAGCCACCUGGCAAGGGCAAAGGGAGGCGAAACAAGUGAAGUUUCUCUUCGGUUUAUUUGGCUGUUUCGGUUGCAGUUGCAGUUGCCACUGCAGCUGUCCUUGUAGAAAUUCUAGUUGUUUAUUUAUGCUUAUGCUAAUGUUAAAUCGUUAAAUUCGAAAUUAAAUUAAGUGUACACGCCCAA